AUGAAUUUGUUGUAUUUAUUUUUUCAGAUGACCAAAGUUGACGAGUCGCCGAUCUUCCGGCGGAGGCAUAUACUGGGCGAGGGGCGGUCCUUGUCUGUGGAUCGCUACAAGUACACUAACUUGAACGAGGACUACCACCAUCACAGGAUCGCCGUCGCCUCUCCCUUGGCCAGCAGACCGAGCAACCACUACCAGCAGCAACAGUACCACAACCACCACCAUCAGCAGCUUCCCCUUAGGCCAAGUCCAGGAGACGUGCGAUUUGAGCCACGUAUGAAUCGCCGCUCCUCGGUGCCGAUCAGCAUUAAUUAUCAGACCGUUCACGUCUCUAGCCCGUAUACUGCUCCACCUCCCGAGCUGAGCAGACGCGGCUCAGUGAUAAGCCUCACGGAUGCCAGUGCCAGUGGAACUAUUGCUGAUCCAAAGCGUCGCGUCCGCAUGAUCAAUCGCCACUAGAAACCGAGAGCUUUGAAGGUCGACAAAAUGUGAAAAAAUCGCAAAACGAAAAAAUGGAGGAAGUUAUCCGAGUCCGGAUAUGAGUUUAGCGCAUCGAAAACCAUCGGAA